GUGAAGAAGGAAACGAGUUGGCGUGGAGCCCUGAAAAGAAAGAGCGAUGUUGCGCUACUGUAGGAAUGGGCUGCCCUCACAGGCCAUCCACCUACGACUGUGCCAUCUCACACGGCGAUCACCCCGAGGAUUGGCCGAAGGAGAAGAGGGAUAAGUGCUGUGAGCACUACGGACUUGGUUGUGAUGCCGAGCCAUAUGAUUGCGUGGUUGGGCUUACGGACUGGCAAGCAGGCUGGACUGCACCUCAGAAAGAGUGGUGCUGUGACCACAAGCAGUUGGGAUGUUCAGACACGCAGUAUGACUGCAAAUCUGACGAGAAAGAUUGGAGCGUGCAUCAUCGCAAGUACUGUUGUACCGCGCAUCAUACGGGCUGCGAAGAUGCCACGAUCCCCAAGCCGAAAUUCAACUGCCGCGAAGGAUGGCCAGACGAUGUGGACUCCUGGGAGAAAGACAAGAAGGAGUUCUGUUGCUCAAACUAUGCUCGAGGAUGCAAGGACGAAUCUCCAUCGCCGGCGAUUCGACAUCCACAUCCGGCCACAUUCGUUAUGCAUUACGACUGCCAUGAUGGCCUCACCAACUGGAAGACUCUUUGGCAUCCCGCAAAGACUGCCUGGUGCUGUGCUCACAGAGAUCUCGGUUGCGACCAUCAUGGCCACUAUGACUGCGAUGCUGGCUCGAAGAAGUCAUGGCCAAGUGAGAAACAGGACUACUGCUGCCUUUACCACAACAAAGGGUGUCAUUUCGAUGCUCAUUCAACGCAGUAUGUGUACAGUGACACAGACGCUCCCGAAGUUCCAGCGCAUGCUCAUUAUGUCACCACAGAUGGGGACAUUGAGUAUCCGCACAGCUACCACUACAGCUACGACGACUCAUACUCUGGCUUAUCUCCUGCCGAGCGGAGGUAUCCAGAAGGUAUGAAGUAUGCUGACCGGAGGUAUCCACAAGGUUUGAAGUAUGUGGCCGAUGAUAUUGCAGGCAACACCGAGUUGCCACAUGCUGUCAAGGAUGUUAGUGAACAGCAUCACUCUGGCCACACAGACCAUCACCAGAACGGCGACCACCACGGCAGCAAGGACCAUCACCACCACGAUGGCAAGACGGGCGUCUCUAGCGUCCUUCACAGAGAAGCUGGACACACCGAGCACGCCAAGCACCUCCCAGAGGGCUCGAAGGUUGUGCAUCACAUACAUACCGUCAUGUUCGGCGGCAGCAAGGGCAAAUGA